CCUUUCAUCAGGCCGCAUCCGUUCAAGUCUAGCAGAGUGCAUUCACGGCGUUCACCUUGGGGCAGUGAUGUCAGAAGAACCCUGUGUUCAGAUUUGUGACCCAGAAGGAAAUCUCUGCCCUCAGCUGUGGCUUUCAGUGCUGGCCAGAAGCCAACUUCAUGUCUGAGUACACGAGAAACAGUUUGCCAUGGAGAGCUUGGGUCUGCAGACGGUGACCCUCAGUGACGGGACGACAGCCUAUGUCCAACAGGCUGUCAAAGGGGAGAAGCUGCUGGAAGGUCAAGUGAUCCAGCUCGAGGACGGGACCACUGCGUAUAUUCACCAGGUGACAGUGCAGAAAGAAGCGCUCUCCUUUGAAGAUGGACAGGCUGUGCAGCUGGAAGAUGGAAGCAUGGCCUACAUCCACCGCACACCCAAAGAGGGCUAUGACCCCAGUGCCCUGGAAGCCGUCCAGCUGGAAGACGGCUCCACUGCCUACAUUCACCACCCUGUGGCUGUGCCGUCAGACAGCACCAUCCUGGCCGUGCAGACCGAGGUGGGCCUGGAAGACCUGGCGACAGAGGACGACGAGGGCUUCAGCGCAGACACGGUGGUCGCCCUGGAACAGUAUGCCAGCAAGGUUCUGCAUGACAGCCAGGCUCCUCAUAAUGGCAAAGGGCAGCAGGUGGGAGACAGAGCAUUCCGGUGUGGCUACAAGGGCUGUGGGCGUCUCUACACCACCGCUCAUCACUUAAAGGUGCAUGAACGAGCUCAUACGGGUGACCGUCCAUACCGGUGUGACUUCCCCAGCUGUGGAAAGGCGUUUGCUACAGGCUAUGGGCUGAAGAGCCACGUUCGCACCCACACUGGUGAGAAGCCAUACAAGUGCCCAGAGGAGCUAUGCAGCAAGGCCUUCAAGACCUCAGGAGACCUGCAGAAGCACGUCCGUACCCACACCGGCGAACGCCCAUUCCGGUGCCCUUUCGAGGGCUGUGGCCGCUCCUUCACCACCUCCAACAUCCGCAAGGUCCACGUGCGCACCCACACAGGCGAGCGGCCCUACACCUGCCCUGAGCCCCACUGUGGCCGCGGCUUCACCAGUGCCACCAACUACAAGAACCACGUGCGCAUCCACACAGGGGAGAAGCCAUACGUCUGCACGGUGCCAGGCUGCGGGAAGCGCUUCACCGAGUACUCGAGCUUGUACAAGCACCAUGUGGUGCACACACACUGCAAGCCCUACACCUGCAGCACCUGCGGCAAGACCUACCGGCAGACCUCCACCCUAGCCAUGCACAAGCGCAGUGCCCACGGCGAGCUGGAGGCCACGGAAGAGAGCGAGCAGGCCCUCUACGAACAGCAGCAGCUCGAGGCCGCCUCUGCAGCAGAGGAGAGCCCGCCACCCAAACGACCCCGCAUUGCUUACCUUUCGGAGGUGAAAGAAGAGGGCGAUGACAUCCCGGCCCAAGUAGCCAUGGUGACCGAGGAGAAUGGGGCCCCCCAGGUGGCUCUGAUCACUCAGGAUGGCGCCCAGCAGGUCAGCCUGUCCCCGGAAGACCUGCAGGCCCUGGGGAGUGCCAUCAGUAUGGUGACCCAGCACGGCAGCACCACCACCCUCACCAUCCCCAGUCAUGACGAUGACCUGGCCACAUCGGGCACACAUACGGUCACCAUGGUCAGCGCCGAUGGCACCCAGACGCAGCCCGUCACAAUCAUUACCUCUGGGGCUGUGGUGACUGAGGACUCGAGUGUAGCAUCCCUUCAUCAUCAGCAGGUGGCACUGUUGGCCACAGCCAACGGAACACACAUUGCAGUGCAGCUGGAGGAACAGCAGACCUUAGAGGAGGCCAUCAGCGUGGCCACUGCUGCCAUGCAGCAAGGGGCUGUGGCCCUGGAGACAACAGUGUCGGAGAGCGGCUGCUGACCCGAGGGCCAGAUUCUGCACCGUGUGGGAGGCAGUGCCAUGCUGCACAGGCUUCCUUGUUGCCACGGGCCCAGGCUGUGGCUGACACGCAGAAGGUGGCCACAUGGGUCUCUGGGGCACGGAGGAAGCGGCCUAACUAAAGGGGGUGGAGCCUGCCCAAAAGGAUCAGGGAAGCGUGUCAUCCUCGGGAGCUUAGAACAGGCUGAUCACCAGGCGUGCUGGGCACCCUCCCCUCAAAACAAGCAGGGCAGCCUCUCUCCCCCUCUAGAGAACACUUCCUGCCCCAGCCCACUGCUGUCUCAGGGGGAGAGUGGGACUGCUGUGGGACGGGCCCUCCAGCCUCACUGGUCGUGGCCCAGCUGGGGAGAGGGCACGCAGCUCUUCAGCCCAGUGGGGGCGGAAUAAGCCCAGCCCUGCCCCUCCCAGCAAUAACCACCUCCCCGGAGGUCAGCCGUGAGGCCUGGCCACUCGGUACCAGGGACUUCCUGCCACCACAGUCAGAAUUAAUUCCUCAGGGGCCUGUGGCUGGAGAAAGGUGCCCAGCCCCACCACCCCCAGCUACCCCCCACCUCUCUGUGGCACAGAGGCCGGGGAUGGCUCUGUACAUAGACUGCUGGGGAUUGGGUUUAAUUUGGUUUUGUUUGUUUUUUUAUUCCAUUUUGAUAAUUCUUUUUCUGCUCUGGGUGAUGGUGGCAAACGGGUGAAUGAAUAUUUAAUAAAGUUCCAAGUUUCCA